GUGAACCUGACGAACGCCCGCGUGGUCCUGGCGGACCGGGUGAUCGAGGGCUCCGUCUCGCUGCGCGGCGGGCAGAUCGCGGCGGUCGACACCGGCGGCCUGUCCCGCGCCCCGGCGCUGGACCUGGAAGGCGACUGGCUGCUGCCCGGCCUGGUGGAGCUGCACACCGACAACCUGGAAGGCCACAUCAAACCGCGGCCCAAGGUGGUCUGGCCAGCCCUGCCGGCGCUGAUCGCCCACGACGCCGAGCUGACCGCCGCCGGCAUCACCACGGUCUUCGACUCCCUGCGCCUGGGCGACGAGGUCGACGACGACCGCUGCUUCACGACCCUGCGCGAGAGCGUCGAGGAGAUCCACCGGGCCGAGGCCGCCGGGCUGCUGCGCAGCGACCACCGCAUCCAUAUCCGCCUGGAGAUCUGCAAGCCGGGGGUGGUCGAGGACUUCGCCAGCUUCCGCGACGAGCCGCUGCUGGCCAUGUGCUCGCUGAUGGACCACACGCCGGGCCAGCGGCAGUUCGCCGACCUGCAGACCUAUCGCACCUACUACAUGGGCAAGAUGGGCUUCGGCGAGGCCGAGAUGGAGGCCUACAUCGAGGGCCGCCUGGCCGAGCACGCACGCUGGGCCGAGCCCAACCGCAAGGCGCUGGCCGAGCUGCUGCGCGAGACCGGCGUGGCGCUGGCCAGCCACGACGACGCCACGGCCGAACAUGUCGCCGAGGCGGCGGCGCUGGGCCUGACGAUCAGCGAGUUCCCGACCACCCUGGAGGCCGCCCAGGCCUGUCGCCGGCACGACCUGCGGACCAUCGCCGGUGCGCCCAACCUGGUGCGCGGCAAGUCCCAUUCCGGCAACAUCGCGGCGGGCGAACUGGCGCACGAGGGCCUGCUGGACGCCCUGGCCAGCGACUACGUGCCGGCCAGCCUGCUGCUCGGCGUCUUCCGCCUGCACGACGAGCUCGGCUGGGACCUGUCGCGCGCCGCCGCCGUGGCCAGCCGCACGCCCGCGCGCAUGGCCGGCCUCGACGACCGGGGGGAGAUCGCCGCCGGCCAGCGCGGCGACCUGAUCUGGGCGGAGAUGGCGGAGCGCUGCGCGAUCUACUUCGCCCCGCCGGCGGGCACGACGCUGGCCGCCUUCGGGCAGGCCUGGUUCGCGCGCGCCGACAACCGGACCGCCACCGCCGCGCCCCGGCACUACGGCUUCCACGCCACGCUGAAGCCGCCGUUUCGCUUCGCGCCCGACCGCAACCUUGAGGGGCUGCAGGCCGAGCUGCGCCGCUUCGCCGAGGUCCAGCCGGCGGUCGCGGUCGGCCGCCUGAAGGUCAGCGACCUCUCCGGUUUCCUGGCCCUGGUCCCGGUGGCCGCGCCGCCGGCGCUGAGCGCCCUGGCGGCUGCCUGCGUCGAGCGCUUCGACGACUUUCGCGCCGCGCCCAGCGACGGCGAGCUGGCCAAGCGGCGCGCCAAGCCGCUGACGCCGCGCCAGGAGGACCUGCUGCGCCGCUGGGGCUAUCCUUAUGUGUUCGACCAGUUCCGCUGGCACAUGACCUUGACGGGCCGACUGCCGGAGGCCGAACGCGGGCGCUGGAAACAGCGCCUCCAGGCGCUGGCGGCCCCGGCCCUGGCGGAGCCGCUGGUCAUCUCCGAGCUGGCGCUCUUCCGCCAGCCCGACACCCGCGCGCCCUUUGAAGAGAUCGACCGGGUCGCCCUGCGGGCGGCCGCCGACGCGCAGGCGGCCGGCGAGCGCGCGCGCGCAGGCUCGCCGCGCUCGAUUUCACGUCGCCUCUGUCGGAAAGGAGACCGCGGCAUGAAGGACUUCGCGGAGAUCGCCCGGGAGCUGAAGGCCGGCACCACCUCGUUGGGCGCGGCGGCGCCGGAGGUCAUGUCCGGCUUCCGCACGCUGAUGUCGGCCAGCCUGUCCGACGGGACGCUGGAUCGAAAGACGAAGGAAUUGAUCGCCUUGGCCAUCGCGAUUUCGGUACGCUGCGACGGCUGCAUCGCGCAUCACGCCAAGGCCGUGCAGGCGGCCGGCGCGACGCGCGCCGAGGUGGUCGAGACGAUCGGCGUCGCCAUGGCCAUGGGCGGCGGCCCUUCGACGGUCUACGGUGUCGAGGCGCUGGCCGCCUACGACCAGUUCAACGGCGGCGAGGCUGCCCCCACGGUGUUCGGCCGGACAUUCAAUCUCUUCGACCUUUUCGGAUUCCGCGUCCAGAUCGACGUGACCUGGCUGUUCCUGGCGCUGCUGGUGACCUGGUCGCUGGCGGUCGGCUUCUUCCCCGCGCUCUAUCCGGGGCUCGGCCAGGGCGUCUACCUCUCCAUGGCGAUCGUCGGCAUGAUCGGCCUGGCGGCCUCGCUGGUGCUGCACGAGUCGGCGCACGCCCUGGUCGCGCGCGCCUACGGCCUGCCGAUCAAGUACAUCACGCUGUUCAUCUUCGGCGGCGUGGCGCAACUCGAACGCGAGCCGCAGACGGCCAAGAGCGAGUUCCUGAUGGCGAUCGCCGGGCCGGCGAUGAGCCUGGCCCUCGCCCUGCUCUGCUACCUCGGCUGGAUCGGCGCCGACGCCGGCGGGCUGCCGGCCGGCCUGACCGGCGUGCUGCACUACCUCUUCAUCAUCAACCUGCUGCUCGGCGGUUUCAACAUGAUCCCGGCCUUUCCGCUCGACGGCGGCCGGGCGUUGCGCGCGGCGCUCUGGGGCUGGCGCGGCGACCUGCUCUGGGCGACCAAGAUCGCCGCCACCACCGGCACGCUCUUCGCCUACUUCCUGAUCGCUCUGGGCAUCCUGCGCGCGGUCUACGGCGACAUCGUCGGCGGCGUGUGGAUGUUCCUGAUCGGCCUGUUCGUGCGCGCCGCCGCCCAGGGCAGCUACACCGAGGUGAUCACACACCGCCUGCUGGACGAGGUGCCGGUGACCCGCUUCCUGCACGAGCCGGCGGUCAGCGUCCCCUCGCAGAUCAGCCUCGACGACUUCGUGCACGACUACGUCUACGACACCCACGCCGACUUCUACCCCGUGGUCGAGGGCGAGCGGCUGGUCGGCAGCAUCGCCGCCCGCCAGCUCCGCCGCGUCCCGCGCAACCGCUGGCGCAGCCAGCGUGUCGUCGACGUGAUGACGCCGCUGUCGAAGGACACGGUGGUGCCUCCGUCCGCCGACGUGGCCCAGGCGCUGACCGUCAUGCGCAAGUCCGGCCGCGACCACGUGAUGGUCGCCGAGCACGACCGCCUGCACGGGGUGGUCGCCUUCAGCGAGCUGCAGCGGUACCUCUCCUUCAAACUGGAGGUCGAGCAGGCCGGCUAG